GAGAGAGGGAGGUAGCGAGAGAGGCAGGGGACUUAGGGAUGGCAGGAACCAUAGUGAGUGGAGACAGACUGAUUGAAGAGAGGCUGACGCUUCACUGUGAUACUGGAGCAGUGCAGUGAGCAGAGUGAAGAACAAUACUGAGAGAGAAGCUACAACACCUCGGAGCACUCCUCCUAAGAAGAAAUUAUAUUUCUGUGUGAUGCAAGUCUGUGGUUUUCUCUUGGCAGCACAGAAUAGAAACAACUUACAUUUCAUUACAACCUUGUAGAGGAGUUUCAUGCGAGCCCACUGAGAGGCACCAUGGUUCUCUUUCAAGUCUUCUUUGGGGAAUGGUGAUAAUCUGCUGGAAGCUGCUGUAUGAGAGUCUGCAGCUUCUUUUAGUACAAGAUGCCUGUGAUGAAGGGCCUUCUUGCGCCACAAAACACCUUCUUGGAUGCUAUUGCCAACCACUUUGAUGGCACUCACAGUAACUUCCUACUAGGAAAUGCUCAGGGUCGCUAUGGCUACCCCAUCGUGUACUGCUCUGACGGGUUUUGCGAGCUGACCGGCUUUGUUAGAACUGAGGUGAUGCAGAAAACUUGUACCUGCAGCUUCCUCCAUGGGGCCGAGACCAAUGAAAGUGUGAUCCAACAGAUAGACAAAGCUCUGGAGGGCCAGCAGGAGUACCAGGGAGAGGUCCGCUUCUAUAGGAAAAAUGGAAAUCCAUUUUGGUGCCUCCUGGAUAUUGUGCCAAUUAAAAAUGAGAAAGGGGAGGUGGUGUUGUUCCUCCUGUCUUUCAAAGAUGUCAGUGAGUCAUAUGGGAAAUGCCAUCAUUUCACCAGAGGAGAUGGUCUGUCAGAAACUGCUCACCAGGGAAAGAAAAACAACAGACCACACUUUUCCCAAGCUCAAGAGAGGGGGAGGACUAUCCUGCAUGGCCUGACCAACAUGUUCUCCAAAAGAGGCCAGAGGAAACUGACCAAUAGUGUGUUCCAGAAACCAUCUCUGCCUGAGUACAAGGUGGCAGCUGUGAAGAAGUCACGUUUCAUCCUGUUACACUACAGCAUCUCCAAGGCCUUGUGGGACUGGUUAAUUCUACUAGCAACCUUCUAUGUAGCUGUCACUGUGCCUUACGACGUCUGCUUUGUCAGUCAUGAUGAGGGCAGUGACCAUCACUCACUUGUCAGUCGCACCACUAUAGCCAGUGAUAUAGCAGUGGAGAUGCUCUUCAUACUUGAUAUUGUCCUGAAUUUUCGUACCAGCUAUGUGAGUCAGUCAGGUCAGGUAGUGUACGACACCCGAUCCAUCUGUCUCCAUUACUGCACCACAUGGUUCUUUGUCGAUCUGAUUGCAGCGUUGCCCUUUGACCUUCUCUACGCUUUCAACAUCACGGUGACCUCGCUGGUGCACUUGUUGAAGACGGUCCGCCUGCUGCGCCUACUGCGCCUGUUACAGAAGCUGGAUCGCUACUCUCAGUACAGUGCUGUGGUCCUGACCCUGCUCAUGUCUGUGUUCGCUCUGCUGGCUCACUGGAUGGCUUGCGUCUGGUACGUCAUUGGACGCAAGGAGAUAGAAAGCAGUGACCCCGUUACCUGGGACAUAGGCUGGCUUCAGGAGCUGGGAAAGCGUCUUGAGACGCCAUACAUCAACAGCACCAUGGGUGGUCCCUCCAUGCCUAGCGCCUAUAUUGCCUCUCUCUACUUCACCCUUAGUAGCCUAACCAGUGUGGGUUUUGGCAAUGUGUGUGCCAAUACAGAUGCCGAGAAAAUCUUUUCCGUCUGUAUUAUGCUCAUGGGUGCGCUGAUGCAUGCAGUGGUCUUUGGCAAUGUAACAGCCAUCAUCCAGCGCAUGUACUCGCGGCGCUCUCUCUAUCACACCCGAAUGAAGGAUCUGAAAGACUUCGUACGUGUGCACCGGCUACCUCAGCAGCUGAAGCAGAGAAUGCUGGAAUAUUUCCAGGCCACUUGGUCAGUCAACAAUGGCAUCAAUGCCAAUGAGUUGCUGCAUGACUUCCCAGAUGAACUGCGAGCUGACAUUGCCAUGCAUCUGAACAAAGACAUCCUGCAGCUGCCUGUAUUUGAGCCAGCUAGCAGAGGAUGUCUGCGCUCCCUCUCCCUGCACAUCAAGACCUCCUUUUGUGCUCCAGGAGAAUACCUUAUCCGCCAUGGAGACGCCCUACAAGCCAACUAUUUUGUCUGCUCAGGUUCCCUGGAGGUUCUUAAAGAUGGCAUGGUCCUGGCCAUUCUAGGCAGAGGUGACCUUAUUGGAGCCGAUCUUCCAGAACAUGAUCAGGUGAUCAAGACUAAUGCAGAUGUGAAGGCACUGACCUACUGUGACUUACAGUACAUCAGUGUUAGGGCUUUGAGGGAGGUCCUUGGGUUGUACCCGGAGUAUGGCAGCCGGUUCAGCUCCGACAUCCACCACAACCUCACCUACAACUUGAGAGAUGGCAAUGAAACUAAAGGAGUAGCAAAGUUUCCAUGGACUCCCAAGAUUCCCAAGCUGCCUCAGGGUCAUGUUUCUAUGGACCAAACGUUACCCUAUAUCAUUGAGGCAGGUGCUGCAGAACAUGGAGACAACAUGAGACACUCUCAGCAGAGAAGAGUCCCUCUGCCACAAGGAAUGGGUGGCUCUGUCCAUCAGCCCUGUCUCAGCACCCUGUUAGGAGAUGAGCUCAGCCACCUCAGUGCACUCCAUCCUUGCCAGUCACCUGUUCCGUGCAGGAGAGGUCACAGCCCUACUCCUCAGCCUUUCACACAUGAGCAGCUCUCUCCCUCUCAUUUGUCCAGUCUUACCAGUGACCCAGGCUUGAACCACCAGCCUGUCAAGCUUCUCAUGCCUUCCAUGCACUGUAUAAGUCCAGUGAGCCUUAGCCCCAGGGUCGUGGAUGGAAUUGAGGACAAUGGUGACGCAUUUCAAUUUAAUGUAGAGCAGAGUGAGGCGAUGACUAAUGUAGCAGACCAGUUACAAGCAAGUGCUCACCGGCUUUUGGAGACAGAGGAAAUAAGACAGAACAUCAGCAAACUGAACAGAGAGGUGAACAAUUUGAACCAGAAAGUAUCAAGCCUCACCAAGGAGCUUCAUGACAUGAUGCAUUUCCUACAGUCUCAUAUGGCCAUGCUUCAUCAUACCUCACCUGUAUCCCCAUAUUCUUUUGGAAUACAGAUGGUUCCCAGUCCUAGUGUGACUGUUUCCAGUGACUGGCAGCCCCAUGUCCCUUUAAAUAUAUCCACCGGGCACCUCCAUCAUGAAGCAAUCAGCCACCCUGCCAGAAAUGUGUGGGGCUGCAAUGGUAUGCCCUCCCAGGGAAAGGGUCCCACACUGCUGCACUCUUCUAGCCCUAUGUCAUCCUUGUUACACCUGUGCUGCUCUGACAGAGAAGGAGCCACCAGUCAUAGGCUACAGAACCAGUGUGGUGCCUUCCAAACUCCAACAAGAAAUCCAAAUUCUUCUUACAUUACCUACUCUCAUGACCAAGGAGGUCCACCAUUACUGGCCCUCAGUUCUCCCUUCAAUAGCUUUCCAGUGAUUUGUCAAGCCUCUCAGGUGUCUUACAAUUCCUCUGUUCCCACAGUAAGCAGCUCUUACCCUCUAUGUUUCCCAGUAAAUUCUGCCUACACCCAUCCACCUCUGAGUGUUCAAACCAUCCUUGAUCCUGCACAUAAUCAGACCAAAUCUCAGACACCCAUCCAUUCCUCCAUCACUCCCACUGGCCAGGCACAGUAUCACACUGCCUUCAGCUCUCUGGCCACCACAGGGGUCCACACCUCAGUAUGCACAGGGCACAUCCAACAGAGCUCUAUUAAUGGCCCCAGACACAAUGACCUGAUAGGAUCUAGCCCUAUCCGCCACACACAGGACCUUGCAUGUUCUCUGCUGGGGCAGGUAACAGAGUGUAGAGCUUCUCUGUCUCAAGAGAGGGCAGACAAUAUAAGAGCCAGUACUCCAACAGUAGACGUUCAACCAUCUCUUUUGGAAAUGGAGGGAAUGCAGACCCCGCAGUGAUAACAUUAGUAUUUUGUUGUGCUACUGUUUCUUUGAUGGCUUUAUUAUACUGUUUAAGACUCUUACCUGUAAUGCUGUUUGCCAACAAAAUGCACAAAGAGCUGAUGAAACCAUACUGCCACAACUAAAUAAAUCA